UAUAGAUUUGACAACCUGAGAAAGUAAGGAGUAAUUUUUUACAGAAGGAGUUUGGAGCAAAACCUGAACGCGAAUUUGGUGCUAACAGAAACUGAUAACAUCAUUUUGGAAGGAAGUUAAGCUAUAUUAUUGCUUUCUGACGGACUUCAUUCGGGAUAACCUGCGCGGUUAGCAUGAUGUAUCAAGGCUUCAGCAACAGUACAGACUAUGAUGCAGCCUCAUCCCGCUGUAGUACGGCUUCCCCAACUGGUGGAGACGCAUUGUCUACAUAUUAUCCUUCACCUGCUGCUGACUCUUUCUCUAGUAUGGGGUCCCCUGUGAAUCCACAGGAUUUUUGCACAGACCUUUCAGUUUCCAGUUCCAACUUCGUGCCCACUGUGACAGCAAUUUCCACAAGCCCAGACCUCCAGUGGCUAGUGCAACCUACCCUAGUAUCGUCUGUGGCUCCAUCCCAGAGCCGGGUGCACCCCUACAGCAUCUCUGCUUCCAAUAAUGUUUAUUCUCGCAGUGGUGUUUUGAAAACUCCUGCAGGAAGAGGACAGAGUACUGGAAGAAGGGGCAAGACUGAACAGCUUACCCCUGAAGAAGAGGAGAAGAGAAGGAUUAGGAGAGAAAGGAACAAGAUGGCAGCAGCUAAGUGUCGCAACAGGAGACGAGAGCUCACAGAUACCUUGCAAGCUGAAACAGAUCAGCUCGAAGAUGACAAGUCUGUUCUGCAGGCAGAAAUUGCCAGUCUUUUGAAGGAAAAAGAAAAGCUAGAAUUCAUCUUGGCAGCUCACAGACCUGCCUGUAAAAUACCUGAAGAGCAGGACCUGGACAUAAGUUUUCAUGAAGUCUCUGCUUCCUUGGAUCUUGGCAGCUUCACAGAUGUGCCAAUGACAUCUAGUGCUUCCUCACCACAGAGUACUCUGAUUUCUGCUUCCAAGGAAUCCAACCUAACCCUUGCUUCCAUAUCUGGUAAUGCUAGCAUCCCUAUAAUAUCUGUCUUGGAUGCGUCUGAUCCAGAAACAUCAACAGAACUGAAAGAGGAGCCUUUGGAUGAACUACUUUUCCCACUGUUGAAGAAGAAUCCAGUGGAGACAGCAAGGUCUGUCCCAGACAUGGACUUAACAAAUUCUCUCUAUGCAGCAGACUGGGAGCCCCUUUACACUACAGUGACAUCUGACCUGGAACCUCUGUGCACACCAGUGGUCACCUGUACACCAACAUGCACCACCUAUACAUCUUCCUUUGUCUUCACUUACCCUGAGUCUGAGUCAUACCCAAACUGCAGUACAGCCCACCGAAGAGGAAGCAGUAGCAAUGAGCAGUCUUCCGAUUCCCUCAAUUCACCAACACUAUUGGCUUUGUAAAGACAUUACUUUUGGUCUUCUGUGUCUUUCUUGAUGUUCCCUUUAGGGAAGUUGCAGAUAAAAAUGACAUAAAGGUUUUAUUCCAUCAAUAUAAAAUGAUAUAACCUCAAGAAGAACAUCUUCCAAAAAUAACAUUACCAGGGCAUGCAGUCAAGGACUUGUGCUUUGAAAUGAGGGGCAAAGUGAGAAUGGCCUUUACCUCUUCCACAAAUGUAGCAGAAAGCAUGGAGUUCCAUGGCUCAUGGCUAACAGCAAAAUCCUCUUUUAAAAAGAGCUGUACUAGCAUGUUGAAUCGUGCCUGACUUCAGUUUAUCAAUUUUAUUCAAUAGAGUUAAUAUAUUAUCAGUCUCUUAAGUUCAAUUGGUGCUAGAUAAUAUUUCAAAGGUGUAUUUUAAGUGCAGCUGACUCAUAGCAACUACUGUGUGUUUUAACGGCAAUAGUGUGUGCAUAUAUAAUUUCUCCUGACAGAAAUUAUCAUCGUUAAACUUGAAAGAAAAUCACUUUAUUUUCUAGUAGAUAGAAAUUAUAUAUAUAUAUAUAUAUAUAUAUGUAAUAAAAUAUCCAUGUACUGUAUUUCUAUGGCAUUUGAUUACUCAUCAUUCAUGGGCCCUUGUCAAUAUUGGUCUGAAUGUAUAGGAACAUUAACAACAGUUUUCCAUGAAAACGUUUUUAUUGUGUUUUAAUUUAUUUAUUAAAAUGGAUUUCCAGAUAUUUAUAUUUUUAAUUUUUAUUUUUUCUACUUUAAGAGUUUUCUGAUGUUUUUGAAGUGGAUUUGAAUGCGAAUGUAAGCGUUGUUUGCUUAUUGUUCUGAGAUAUGUGGUCAAAUAAACCAUUUAAAAGAAA